GAGAUUCAAAUUUAUGAUAACGUAAAAAGGCCUAUUUGCUUCAUAUUCUCUGUCUUAAACUCGCAAUGGCCAGAGAUAGGUCGAAAUUUGUUAGAAUUUUAUGCUUUCGCAAAUGCGGUAAGAAUGUGUGACGCUAUUUUAAAACCAUACAACAUAAAUAUUAUGAAUAUUUUGAUGAAAAAACAUGAAACAGUAUGCGAAAGCGCUUUAUACACAUUUGUCGGCAUUAUCACUAUCCAAAUCGGUUUAGUAGAUCUUCUGACAUCUUUAGAGAUUACUCCGGAUUACAUAAUUAGUCAUUUUGGUGGUGAGCUCGGUUGUGCGUAUGCAGAUAAAUGUCUUACUAUUGAACAAACUAUUUUAUCGGCGUACUUUAUCGGUCUGGCCUGCGUCGAAGGAAAUAUUAUACACAGCUCUAUGGCGGUUGUCGAUCUAAGUUAUGAAUAUCUCAAAAAUGUAUGUUCAGAGGAUAUUGAAAUAAUAUGCUACAACAAUCCAAAUAACAAUAUUGUAACUGGGCCGGCUAAAUCCAUGCAAGAAUUUGUGCAAAAAUUACAGAUUAAUAACAUCAAUGUGAAAGAAAUUUCCUGCAAUAUUCCGUAUCACAGUCAUUAUCUUGCAUCUUUGGAAAAUCGGCUCCUAUCCAAUUUGAAUGAAAUAAUAGCACAGCCAAAAAAACGGAGUCCAGGAUGGAUCAGUACCUCUGUACCUUGCAUCGAACGGUCCAAUGCAAAAUCAAAAUUAUCUUCAGGAUACUAUCACACGCAUAGUAUACUAAACACCGUUCUGUUUGAACAAGCAACGCGUUUAAUUCCGGAUAAUGCCGUAGUUAUCGAAAUCGCUUCGGACGGCAUUUUACAGCAUAUCUUGAAGGAAUCCUUAUAUCCAAAAAUGACGACCAUCGCAUUGACUCAGCGCACGGAGCAAAAUACUACUGAUGCAAUUUUGCAAGCGAUUGGAAAGCUCUACAAUUGCGGCUUACAACCGCAGAUUGCUAAUUUAUAUCCGCCAGUGGAAUUUCCAGUUAGCCGAGGCACUCCUAUGAUAUCUCCAUCUAUCAGGUACAAUAUCAUAAUUGAUCUAGAUGAUGUUACUAAUAUAAAUAAGCCUAUAACAUGUAAGCAAACAUUUUAAUGGCAUAUUAUAGAUGGAAUCAUUCUGAAAAUUGGUAUGUGCCAAGCUA